AUGUUCAGUGUAGUGAACGAUAAAAUACCUCAGAUUGUUUUCGCGUUUGCAGCGUCUCUGGGAGCGUUCGUCAUCGGCACAGUGCUCGGAUGGUCCUCGCCGACGCUGACGAUGUUGGAGAACGGGACCGCUGUUAGCUUCGAGGUUUCGUCCAUGGCAGCGGCGACCGCGUGCUCGCUGUUCGGCGUGGGCGCUGUGAUCGGCGCUGUACCGGCUGGUGCCGUUUCGUCUGUGUUCGGCCGACGCGUGUCGCUCAUCGUCAGCGAGGCGCACGUGGUCUUCGGGUGGUUGAUGAUCGCGUUCCCGAAGGCCGCGCGGAUGCUGUACGUAGGCCGGAUUCUGCAGGGCGUCGGGUGCGGUGCAAUGUGCACCAUAAUACCCAUGUACGUCGGCGAGAUAGCCGAACCCGAAAUCCGAGGGUUUCUCGGUGGUUUAUACCAGUUGUUUGUCGUGUCCGGCAUUUUGUACUCGUAUGUGCUCGGAAACUUUUUGAGUUACACCCAACUCAACUUGGCGUGUGGCGUGUGGAUGGUCCUCCACAUCCUGGGAGUGCUGUACAUACCGGAAUCACCAUAUUUCCUCAUCCAGGAAGACAAAAAAGUUUGCGCCGAGGAGGCAUUGGCCCGGCUUCGGGAUGCCGAUCACGACUGCAAGACUGAACUCGCCGAGAUACAAAAAUUCGUUGAAGAAGAGCAAAAAAACAGUUAUACGGCACGCGAAGUGCUUGAGAAGGACGUGAACCGGAGGGCGCUGACAAUCGGUAUCGGUUGCAUGUUCUUCCAACAGAUGACCGGCAUCAACGCGAUCAUAUUCUAUAUGAAACAUGUGUUCGAAAUUACGGGAAGUGACAUUAGUCCUGAAGUAUGCACGACCGUUGUUGGUACAAUACAGGUGGUAAUGACAUUCGUAUCUAUGAUGAUCACGGACAAGUUUGGCAGACGCUCGUUAAUGGUGUACUCGAUGACUUCGAUGGGCCUCUGUUUACUAGCACUGUCGUACUAUUUUUUUUCAAAAAAAUACAACCCUCACGUGGCCCAAACGCUGGACUGGUUACCACUCUUGACUAUAGUGUUGUACAUUUCAAUGUUCUCGAUUGGUUGCGGCCCCAUACCGUACAUAAUUAUCGGGGAAAUAUUCUCAUCAGAACUCAAGUCGAUGGGCACGGGCAUGUCAAUUGCCACCAAUUGGAUAUUGGUCUGGCUGGUAACGUGUCUGGCCGAACCUAUGGACAAAUUUAUCGGUCCGAGUGGUACAUUUUUCGUGUACUCUGGAUUCUGUUUUAUGGGCAUGUUGUUUGUCGUCAACUGUGUACCGGAGACUAAAAAUCGAUCUUUAGCUGUGAUUCAAUCGGACCUGGAAAAGAACUAAUAAACGAUUGUACGGUAAUUUAUCUCGUUGGAGUGAAAUCGUUAAAACCACUCAUCUAUAUAAACACAAUGUCAUUUUGAUUACAAUUUAAUGUAUGAUUGAGAUCUAGAUAAUAAAAUGUUUUUAUACGAUAUUAUUAAUAAUGAUAAAAUAAAUUUAUGUGAUUUAGAAAUGAUGUACUUGACAAAGAUAUUUCAA